CUGUCGAACCCGCUCCGUCGCCGAACCGCACGUGCCAAACCGCAGCCCCGCUGCCCCGCGUGCCGUCGCCGAACCUUGCCGCCGUCCGCCGCUGCCCGCGCUGUUUGAACCCUCGCGCGUCGCCCACUGCCGGGUCGCGGGUCGGGUCGGGUUAACCUGGCAACCCGGCCGGGUCGAGUCCGGGUUGAAAUGUCCGGCUUGUUUGCAAAAAUGGGUCUGGUUUGGGUUGACCCGUUUAUAUACGGGUCGGGUCGGGUUCGACCCGAACCGAUGGUUGACCCGAAUUGACACCCCUAAGUGUAAGGGCUCCUCUUCCUCUUCCACUUCUCCUUCUACCUUUACCUGCCUAUCUGCUCCUCAUCACAAACAAAAAGGACAUGAAAGGUGCGAAUUUUACACCUAUGGCCCGGUGAUGUAAGCACAAGCGUUAGAAAACUGAAACAAAGAGAACAAUGGAUAGAACUCAAACCAGACUCUAUUAAAAUAGAAGUAAUCAACUAAAACACUCAAAAUCCAACAAGAAAACACGAAGAGACUUUUAAGAAAUAAAGAAAAUAAAAACAACGCUAUCUUCAGAUAACCGUCAGAGCGGGUUCCUCACAUGCAUCGAAUUGUAGGUUAAAUAAGAUAAGUGCAUAAGGCUGGCAAACUGAUGGUCCACCACUGCAAGAUCGUUCAAUUCUUCCAACAGAUGCUUCUAAGUUAGCCAACAAUCACCACCAAAGCUCAAGAAAAAGGAUACAAAUGGAGUGGAACAUGCGGAGAGACGAAAGAGGUUAGAAGCCAAGACGAAGGGUGGAAAGAGCUCACAAGAUUUCCAGAGGAGAUGAGAAGAAGAAUGGAACAAGCUCGCAAGCUUUUCCAAUAACCCGCAGGUCAAUAGCAAAUUUGCUCACAAUAAUCAACUCCCCUUUACAAAAACAUCUCAUAUUUAUAGGCAAGAUAGAAGAAUACCAACAAAAACUUUAAUUAAUUUCCACAAGAACCUAAGCAUCAAAUCAUGGAAUUUCCCCAUUUGCUUUUUACGGAAAAUAGCCUAGCUCAGGAACCGAAGGAGCAACCACGGGAACCAAAGGAACCGCACGGAACCAAGGCAUCAAAAGCCACGGGAAAACCCCCAGCUCGGAAAACCAACAGCCACCGUGGGAACCAAGGAGAUAAUGCUCAGAAAUAGCAGCCAACCGUGGAAUCCAAGGCACGGAAUUCAGCCAGCACAAAAACAAGCCACGGUUUCCCAAGAGACAAGAAGAAAGGGGAAGGAGAAGGGACAAGUCCACUCCAAAAUUGAAUCCAAUUUUAUGAGCUUACCUUUAGAACAUUAAUGAGCUACUAGACAUUAUCUCAAGCAACUAAGAGAAUGAGCUCAACUCCAACCUUCUUCAUACAUCACCAUAGGCCCCAAAACAGCCAACCUGUGAACCAGCAGCAGCCAAGGACCAAUUGAGCCAUCAAAUCAAAGGUCUACCAAACCCCAUGCACAGCCUACCAUGUUCAUUGGAUGCUUUCCCAUCAUUAGAUAGCUAAAAAAAGAAAAGAACAUAAAACAUACUAUUGUUCGAAUAAAAAUAAAAAUACAGAAAUAUUUGAUAGCAUCACCCGGUGUGAACUUCUCUUCGCACCUAAGACAUAGACACUUAGCUCGUUUGUUCUGUAACUCCGUAUCAGUCAGCCGUUUAAAGUUCCCUCCUGGCCGAGCUUCGAAACCUUUCUCCUUUGGAGGUUCUCUUAGACCCGAUACAAUCGACGCCCUAGUUGUAAGGAAGGUGGUCAUCGUGCGGUAAGAACCUCCAAAACUUUCUACUCCUCUCAAGUGAGUUCUUGUCCUUUAUCAGCUGGGCUAACUCUAUAGCCUCUCCCAAUUCAUGGGGUCUUGCCACCCGCACAGCGGUUCUUAGCUUUGGUUUGAGUCCCUUCAUGAAAUUGCUUUCUAACACCGUCUCCGGUAGUCUCCCUAAAUGUCCGACAGAAGCUCAAAUUUCUCUUGGUACUCCAUCAUCCCACCUGUAUCAAACAAAAGAACUGCUCAUAAUAGUCCCCUUAUUGCUUGGUUCAAAAUCGCUCCAAUAAACAGUCCUUGAACUCCUAUGAAUGGAUUAGAUAUCUUGUCUCCCUCCAUUGGUACUAUGUUAAUGCCUUCCUCUUGAGACAUAGAGCCACUGCCAUAAGCCUCUCCCCUUUCGUCAACCCAUUCACUGCAAAAUAUCUCUCUACUCUAUAGAUCCACCCAUGCGCAUCCUAUCCUUCAAACACCAACAUUUUCAGCUUACUAACUCCUCCACCCCAAUUUUCUCUUUCUCCCCCCAUGCCUCCCAUGAAGCGAGCGUUGGGGUCUCUACACAGUUCCCUCUCCUCCCUUCUCCUUUCAUACCCCUCUUCCUUCAAAUUCAGUCCGACUGAUCUCUUGUUUCCAUUCUCCUACCUCCAUAUUCUCUAUCCAUCAUCCUGCUCAGUAGAGGCUCAAGGUGGGUUAUUCCCUCUCCUAAAAUUUCUACAUAUCCAUCGCCUCUUGGCAUGUCAUUUCCCUAAUUCUUCUUUGCUUCUGACAGAGCCGCUUUAGUUUGAAACUCUAACAUCCGCUUCAUCUUCUCCUCUUGAUUCCCAAACCUUCAUUUCAUCGCUAAAAAAUGCUCAUUCAACGAUCCCACAUCCGUUCGCAGCUGCCCAACUUCCCCCUCCAACUCAACUCUUGUCCCAGCCACUGGCUUCCAAAACUUGCUCUCUUAUACUAAUUUAAUAUGUUUUGGAGAUCAAAUCAUCACAAAAAACAUCCACUAGAGCGAAAUCAGCACCAACCAGCACAAAACGAUCACCAAAAUCAAGAGAAAAUAAUAAUGUAUGGAGGAACAACACCAACAAAACUGAAAUAAUAAUCUUCAAUUAAAAAAAAACACAAAAUACAAUUGAUUCAUUGUUCGAGAGGUGAAUUGGCUUUUGCCCAAUUUCAUACCAGCAACCAGGAACCCAAAAUCACUUAAGAAAAACUACUUCAGAAAAUUCUUCACAUAAUCCCUUCUGCAUACAAAUUUUUUUCCCUUAAAACUAGCCCUAAUCUCGCCAUGAAUGUACCUCACAUUUCCUCCAAUGAUCUCCCCUUGAACUUUUCCCCACCAUAAAUGCACCUUAUGUUUUCUCUAAUGAUCUCACGUUAAACUCUUUCCUCCUAUAGGUCUGAAAUGAGGUGCUAGGACCCACAAAACAAGAGCUUUUUGGCUCUUGAAAUGAGGUGGGGUCCACAACUGUAUCAUAUGCAUACAUACAAACAAACAAAAACAAAAACAUUGACAAACUUAUAGUGCUUGUUGGCCCAAUGUAAACUUGGUGUUCUGAUAACCUUCUCUUUCUUAUAAUUCUUAUACCCUACCACUACGGGCUUCUCUGGGUAUGAUGGAGAACACUAAUCCUACUCUUUUGAGAUCAUCUACCCAAUUUGUUAGUCUUUUGGAUUGACACAAGAUCAAAUUUGGUAUAAAAUUAUAUGCUGGAAGUAAGGUGCCAAAAUUAUUUCUUAAAGAGUUUGUUGGUAACAUCUCAUCCUUUUCUUCCACAGGGACAAAAAAUGCAUCUUCAUUUAAGGAAAAGUUGCCCUUAGUGUUGAUUAGGGAAGAAAUUUUCAUUUUUAAUAAAUCAUUUGAGUUAAUCCUUGUUUGUAAGUUUUUUCUUUAGGCAUUUUAGUGUGGGUGUUGAUUAGGAAAUACUUUGAUGAGUUGGGCCUCUUUGGUUACUUCUUAGUUGGCCUUCUUGAUGUAAGACUCAUACUUGUACUCGUUGCUUUGUGGCAUAAUUACAUUUGCUUAUUCUUGCGCGUAUCAUAAUAUUUUUUUCGGCUUUACUCGAAGGAUGCAAAAAUGGGCCCCUAAUUUCAUCCUAAUAGUGAACAGUCGAUUGCUCCUAUUUGGUUAGCUUUUUCUUAUCUAAGAGCUCAUUUCAUAAACCAUUAAGUCAUGCCCUCCCUUAAUGUGAUCUUUUGGUAAUUUUUUGUUGGUGGAUGCUGCUAGUGCUAAGUUUACUAGGCCCUUCUAUCUCCUGAGUGCUUGUUGAAACUGAUGAUAAUUUUGAAUUUUAAAUGUUGAAGAAGGAUAUUGGCAGGAAGUCAAUUUGGAUAAUACCCUUUCGUACUAUCAAAAAUGUAAGAUGCACAAAUAUAACAUUUAAUAUUGCAAUGUAAUUCAUCAAGAAUUUAGAGAAUAAAAUGUUUUUGGGGUCAUGAUUCCUAUUGUUGCAUCAAGAGGGGAUUGUUUUCAAAUGGGAGUUUUAAGGUGGAGUCUAUUUUAUCUAUUAAUCCUUUUGAGCAUCAAUUUACUAUGGUUCUCAUGUACACUUUAUGAUGAUAAGAAUUUCUAAGAUUGUUUAAUUAAUAAUUAAUCAUAAUAAUAAUGGUUUGUGCAUGCAUGUUCAUAAUCCAAUUGGGAAUCAAUUAGCUUAGAUCCCUGGGAUGAUUUCUGUAGGUGAUAAUAUUAUUGAAGUUGUUUUACUUAUUCAAACUAAUUUUGAUGUAGAACUCUAAUGUUUUGAGUUAAUCCUUCUCUCCUUCGAAAGAAUCAUUUUUGAGAAUCCUGCUCACCUUCUAAUGUGUAUAAUGAUUGUCCUACUUCCUUAAGUGAUGCCUUCUCCCUAUUGCCUUAAUGUCCUGAGUGUAGGGGAGCUUAUCUCUUAUAAUCCUUUAAUUAAUAUUUCAAUCACUCUUAACACCCAUCCUCUAAAGUAUUUUGUUGGAGAGAUUCCUAUUAUUAUAGCUAGGUAUAUUUGAAUUCGGUUACAAAUCCUGAGUUUGGUUGGGGAUAGUUCAUUGGCUUUAGAUGAGCCCUCUGAUAUCAGAUUAAUUUCGACUCUAAAGUUGAUCAUCAAGAUUUCAUUUGCUAUAUGAGAAAUAGAUGAAAAAGAUAAACCUUAUCUUAAGAUGCCUAAAAUUCACUAGUUUAUCCUCCAAACUCCAAUGACAUGCUUCUUGCUUUUAGCUUAGGUUUAGUUAUUUGUGGUUUUUGAUGAUCUCUAUAAUUGCUUUGCUUUGAUAUUAUUGAUACUCUUUUUUAUUCUUAUUUUAGUAGUUAUCCCUCAUCAUCUAUCCUGGUGACCAUUUCUUUUUAUGUUAUCCUACUUAUGAAUAUAUGAUGCUCGUGGUUCUCAGUCCUUAUUAUAUAAAUACUAGUUUUACUUUAGAAUUCAUUGUUACUAAGCAAUUGUUUGAGUUUUGAUUUCUCUCAUCAUAUCAUUUUGGUGGUUGGACUUUUGCUCAUUCUUUAUUUAUGUAGCGGUUGACGUCAUUCUUCCUCGCUUUACUUAAAUGAAUUUUAUUGCAAUAGUUGCAAUCUAAUGUUUGUAUGUUGAUUUGUCCUAUUCGGUUUCUUAUUCUAUGCCCCACUUUGGAUUGCCAUGAGUAGCUGAUUAUUGUUGUCUAUGUUGGCUACUCUCGAUAUUGGGCUUAAGUUGUUUGCUUAAUUGUAGUUGAUACAACAAUUUUUCUUUUAGGUAUUUUUAAUGUUGUUUGGAAAUUAGUUUCAUUGGCUUAUAGUUGGUCUUCUCAUUCGCUUUCCCAAUUACCUUAUAUCAUUUACUUAUCGGUUGCGGUUGCGCUGCUACUUAUGUUGUUUAUUGAUGUCGUGGAUUUAAUAGGUGAGAAUUAUUAUGAAGUAAAUAAGAUAAUGCUGAAAUAAUGAAGGAAAGCUUAAGAAGAUUUCGUGUAAUGGGCUUGUAUUAGUAUUAUAAAUCAAAGUUCUUUCUUGAGGAUUAUGUGAUGCUUAGUUAUGGACUUUUAUAAUUUGGAUUUGUUAUACAAAGGAAUAAAAACUUGAUGAGGAUAUGGUUAAUAGGGUCAUGGCUUGGUUUUUGAAGCAUGGUGACGAUAUUAGAGGAUUAUGUGAUAACAUAAUGUCUCAAUGAGAAAAAUUAUUCAAAACAACAAUAGUUGAGUGUGAAACAACAAAGACCCUAUUUAACAAGUUUAAAAAAAAAAAAAAAAAGACCUCGUUAACAAGCAAGUUGAGUGUAGCAGGAAUGAAAUUCUUAAGUUGAAUGGGCAUAACUAUUGUAAUAGAUAGAGUGAAGAGGUUGCACUUAUUACAAGAGUGAGUGGAUGAUGAGCAUGAAAGAAUGAUAUACAGUAUUACGUAAAAGGAUUAAAAAUACAAUGCUAAAUGAAAAUAUAAUUUGGUUAGAAAUUAUGUUAAACAUUUUGAUGGAAUAAUACAUGAAAUAAAAAUGAGUGUCAGAGAACGAUUUAUUAAAAAAAGGCACAAAUUUCUGGGAUGACUUAUAACGAUGGAGAUAAAUUUUUAAUGUCUUAUGGCACAAGCUUUUGUAUAUGGUAAUUACUCCUUAGUAUGCUAAUAGACAUUUUGUCAACUUUUAGAAGUUUCAUGAAUACUCAGUAAAUUUGUUAUUUAACUUCCAUUCACCGUAGCAUAGCAUUACACUCUCAGCAAAAGCUAAUUUCUCUCUCCAUUUCACAUUUGCGAGGGAUACUAGAGUCAUAUUCAAUUAACUAUUUUUCAUUGAAGAAAAAUAAGGUCAUUCGCAAGGAGACAACAAAAUGGGUAUCAUUCCUGUGAACUUUGAACCCCUCUUUGUUAUGAGCAAACCCCAAUACUAAUUAUAUUUAUUAUUUAAGAGCACAUAACAAUCACGUGAAAUUUUUUUGCUAGAAGUGGAGAAGAGGAUGAUUAGAAGUCUCUCUGUUAUAGGAAUGUCUCUUUUUUUAUCUUUUUGAUUUACUUUCUGACUGAAAUUUGGUAUGGCUUGAGUUUGUUUCCUAAUGAUGAAGGCAUAAGGAUGAGGUAUUUAUAGAUGUUAAAUCGGCUUGAGAUAGCUUUGCGAUGGAUAAUGAUGCGAAGCAUUUUUAGUUUAUAAUAUCCCUUAGGUUAUUUAAUUUAAUUGUUACAAGUUUUUUAAGAAUUUUUAGGAUUAUCUAGGUUUCACUUACUUUAGAAUUAUAUGUAGGGAAUGUGUAAGAGGAAAUAAAACUCAUCGAUGAAUAUUAUAUGAAUUGAAGCCUUUGAGCUUGGUUGUCCUCUUGUUCUUGGAAAUCCUUCAAGCAUCAUCUUCUUCCAAUGAUCCAACGAUUGUCUCCAACUACAUCAGUUGGUAUCAGAGCCCGGAGCUUGCGAAGAACGAUGGAUUGCAAAAGGUGGGCUGUCGACGACAAUCGAAGCCGAAGAAAAUGGGCGGUCAACGAAGAUCGAUGCUGAAUAAGAAGGGCGGUCGACGAAGAUCGACACCGAAGGAAAUGGGCGGUCGAUGAAGAUCGACACCAAAGGAAAUGGACGGUCGACGAAGAUCGACGCCGAAGGAGAUGGGAGGCGGACGAUGAUCGACUCCGAAGGAGAUGGGCGGUCGACGAAGAAGAAGACGACUAUCCUCCGCUCCAACUUCCACUCCAAUGGCUAGAUCCGCCGGCCCCACUAUCCUCAUGAAGAGAGCCGCCUAAGAAGGGUUGUUGAUCGUGAUCGACGCCGCGAAGCCCUUCGGUUGGCUCAAGUGGAAGCAUCAAUUGAUCGAAUAGAUUCUUUAUGUGUUAAUUUCAUUCAAUCGGUGGACAGAAUCAUGGGCAGUCCUGCAACCAUACCGUCCUCGUCGCUCCUCUACUCCACCAACACGCAGGCACAACCGACCCUACUUCCUCCUGCAGAUUCGCCUGCAUUUUAGUCGCUCCAGCAAAAUGCAACCCUCGAGCUUGCCGAGCAAUCCCAUGCCAAAUCAUCGCCUAUUGUAACGGAGGAAGUAACUGCCUCUGCCACUCCGCCAUUGCCACUCGCUCCUUCCUCCAGCCCUUCUAUGAGGCAUCCAAAUCUCGAAUCCACAGAGAAACCCUUCUAUGAGCUCAUAGGUGAGAAGUACCCUUCUUCGCCAGAUCAAUUCCCUCUCUACUCUAGUCCAAGCCUUGAGACCCUGGAUAGCAACAAGAGCCAUAACUCAAACAACAGUGGAAUCCAAUCCUUUCACGACAACUCUGAAUUCUCUGAGUACCAAAAUUACCAGAUUCCACUUUCGCAGUCUUCUCUUAGCUUCGUUAAUGGAAAUGGUAACGAUCUUUUGUUCAAAACCCUCCCCACUAUCCAGUUCGAGAAGGGAAUCGAAGAAGCCAAGAAGUUCCUCCCAAGUAUAGACAAGUUGGCCGUCAAAGUUGGAGAAAUAAAUCUGACCUUGCUACAAAACCCCAUCAAACAGGAGAGAAGGCAGAAGAACCUCCGUUUAGAUGAUUCAGGCUUCGAAGAGACGAGGAGAAUCAACCAGUUGGCUUUCUCCUACGAAGAGCCGGUUAUUCCCUUGGUGAUGUUCGACGAUGUACUGCUCUGUAGCUGUGAAAGGUUUCCCCAAGACGUGAGUGCAAUUCGAGAAAAGGUGUUCACAGAAGCGGGAAAGGAUUCCAAAAAUUCCAUCCCCAAUGAGUCAGGCGUUAGUCGGAAGUCUCGCCAGAAGAAGCAACUGAAAGAGGAGGUUGUGGAUUUCAACAUUUUUCUUCUCCACUGUACACAGAUCGUGGCCAACAACAACAACAACCUUAGAGGCUACGAGUUUUUGAAACAAAUUCGGCAGCAUUCGUUUCCUCAUGGCCAUGCCUCUAUGAGGCUCGCACACUACUUUGCCAAUGGUCUUGAGGCCCGUCUUGCCGGAACCGAGAGGGCGGUACUUCUGAAACAAAUUAGGAUGCUUAAUGCUGGAUAUGUGUGGAUAGAUACAGAUUGGCUUUCGUCAAUCUUGGAUUCUUCCGGAAGUGCUGAUCCUGCAACCAUGAGUUUAAUUCAAGGGGCCAUCGUUCUUCGUCCUCAUACACCAUAUUCAAAUAUCAAACAAAUUUUUUUAUCGAGAUGAAAUAAAUUGCUUCAGAAACGAGAUGUAAGUUCAAGCUUGAACUCUUAUGGGUUGUAUGCAUAUGACACUGUCUGGCUAGUUGCUUAUGCUAUUGACCAGUUUCUUAAUGAAGGGGGUACUGUAUCUUUUUCAAAUAAUCCGAGGUUGACUGAUGCGAAUGGAAGCUCAUUAAGAGCAAUCCUUCAUGCUUGUGCCAUAUUGACAGUCCUCGAGAUGGAUUACUGGUUCAGGGAUGCGCCAUUCAUCAUGGCUUCGCGCCAUUUGUCCAUGUUUCCAAUGGUUUAGUGAACAUGCAUGCUAAAUGUGGUGACAUCAAAAGUGCCAGCAAAGUGUUUGAUGAAAUGAAAGAAAAGGAGUUUGGAGUUGUAUUUGCAUAUGUUGGAACUCGUCCGCCAGAUCAGCUUUGCCUAGUAGGUUUUGUACUAGAAAAAGCAUAAGAAGUUGGUUUUGAGAAUGACUUGUAGAGGAUUUUAUUAGCUCCAGCACUAAAAUGGGUAGCAUUUAUUGAUUUCUUGCUUGUUUUGCGAGACAGAUAUGUUGUUGCUUCUACCCAUAGAGAUGCAAAAUAGUGGAAGGCCAAAGAAACUAAUACCACUAAUGAAUGAGAUCGUGGACAGGCCAAAGCAACUAAUACCACUAAUGAAUGAGAUCGUGGACAUACAUCGAAGUUGCAAAAUCUUCGAUCCAGGAGGAUGGCACAUCUCGACGGAGUCAAACUCUUUUGAUGCAAGGGGAGAAUGAUGCAGAGUAUUUUUACCUUAUAAUAUCUCUUAGGUUAUUUAAUUUAAUUGUUAUAAGUUUUCUAGAAUCUUCUAGGAUUCUCUAGGUUUCCCUUACUUUAGAAUUAUAUAUAGGGAAUUUGUAAGAGGAAAGAAAACUCAUUGAUGAAUAUUAUAUGAAUUGAAGCAUUUGAGCUUGGUUGUCCUCUUGUUCUUGGAAAUCCUUAAGCAUCAUCUUCUUCCAACGAUCCAACGAUUGUCUCCAACUACAUCAGAUAACAACUCAAGAGCCAUAGGCAACUUAUUCUAGUAGUGAUAUGCAUAGCAUAUCACGUUGCAAUCUAUAGGAAGUGAAGUGGUACACAUCGAAUGAUCAUAAGAUAAUUGGGCGGUUUUCUAAGGAAGAUAUGCGACAUGGCCAUUGUGGAGGACAUUGAUUCUACAAGCUGUGGCAUUCAAUUUGUAUGGAACCACAUGACAUUUGGUAAGUAGUUGGAGCAAGCGAUGAUAAUUGUUUCAAUUUUAAGAUAAAAUAGCAUAAUCUUCUUGUGGCUAAUCCAGCCUAUUGAGUUUGGGUUGUAUACUACUAAUAAUUUCUAGGUUAUCUGAUCGAACUCAACUCGAUAUAUCAAAUAUUAAUGGGAUUGAGGCGGAUCUAUUAUGGAUAAGCCAGGUAUUGUUGUUCGACUGAAAUAAGUGGUCAAAACGGACCAGCCUCCCCAUAAUUUUUAGCAUCCUCUAGCCAAGCAUUGGGUUUAUUUGAUCUUGGGUCAGUGUUCUAGAUUCGACAAAUUCUAGAUUCGACGAACUUAAUUUUGCCAUCUCAUCAAUUAAGUCUUCGAAUCAAUAAUAAGUACAUUAAUAGUUGUGACGAGGCCUAUGGAUCUUGGUGUUAUGCCAAACAAACUCAAGUGUAAAUUUAGCAACCCAAAGAUCCACAACUUAGCCCGUUAACAACUGAUAAACCAACACAAUCUAGCUUAAUGGAAAUCCAAAUCAAUAUGUUGAUUUGCAUCAUAAGUUCCCAUUUUCUUUUCUGCCGGCAUCCUCCCUUUCAUUAAGAGAGCUUGGACAGUUGGACCAGAAUCACACAUCUCUGCAUUAAGUGUGUUGCAUAGAAAUAACCAAAGCACCUCUACUUUCCAUAAACAAACCUCAGACCUGAACAUCAACCAUCUUACUGUGAUGGUUCACUUUAGCGCUUGGUGUGCGUAUUUGCGUGGUUUAGUGGUUUUAAGCUCUACAGGUACUAGCUGCCAUAUUAAGACCAAUAUAGGCAAGAAAAUCUAAGUUUAAUUCUCAAAUGACAAAAUUUCUACUAAUCUGCAAGUGAUGUCUACAGAUUUCUCGUUUGUUUUCUGAACCCCAUCAUAAUUGAAAAAGUAUAAAACUUGAAAUUUUCCAGUUGUUGCUGAAUCUAAUAAUCUUCAAAUUGAAUCAAUGUAGUUAUGUUUGGUUGAGGGAGUAAGGGAAAAUUAAUUUUAUUUGGCAAGUGAUAAUUUUAGAUUUUCUGUUUGUUUUUUUGGUUAGGGUGAGAUAUAGGAUAGGGAAGGAUUAGUGGAUUGUUGUGUUCCAACUAUUCACUAAUCAAGUAUUACUUAUGUUAAUUGUUUUCAAACUUUGCAUGUCUAGCAUGCACACACUCACUUAGCCUAGGCUCUCCUAGUUUUAAGGACUUGAUUGUGUUUAGAUGUGCUUGUUAUGCUUGUCCAAGGGUUAGUAGAACUUUGAUUCAAACCUGCACAAACCAGUGAUAUUAUUAAGGAUUUAAGGAUAAUAAUUAAGGAUCCAUGUCCAGAAAACUUAAAAUAAUUUUAGAAAAUAGGAUAUACCUCCUAUGAUAUGAAAUUUGAACAAUUUGAACCUAGUGACAUCUACAACCCAUAGAAAAUUUUUUACUGAUUUUAAAAUCAUUAAGAUAUCUAAUUAAUUAAUCCUUUAAUUAAGCAUAAAAAACUUCCAAAAAUUCCAAUAAACCCAAAUUAAAUCAAAAAAAUACAUAUAAU